UGGAAGAGCAUGAGUACACCAAAAAAUAAAAUAAAAUGGAGGGUAAGAAGAAUAAGAUUAUUGUAUUUGGUGGAAGUGGUUACAUAGGUAAGUAUAUGGUGAAGGCAAGCAUCUCUUUAGGUUAUCCAACUUUUGUGUAUACCCACCCUAUUAAUUCAAAAACUUCAACAUCCAAGAUACAACUUUUCAAGGAAUUCAAUUCCAUGGGAGUAACACUUGUGGAGGGAGAACUUGAGCAUGAGCAAAUAGUGAAAGUGAUUAAAGAAGUAGACAUUGUGAUAUGUACCUUUCCAUACCCACAAGUGAUGGAGCAACUCAAAAUUAUUCAUGCUAUCAAAGUUGCUGGAAAUAUUAAGAGAUUUCUUCCAUCAGAUUUUGGUGUAGAAGAAGAUAGAGUACACCCUCUUCCUCCUUUUCAAGCUUUUCUUGAUAAGAAAAGAAAAAUUAGAAGAGAAAUCGAAGCAGCUAAAAUUCCUUAUACUUUUGUCUCUGCAAAUUGUUUUGGUGCAUACUUUGUCAAUUUCUUGCUUCAUCCAUAUGAGAGAAACAAAGAUAUUGCAAUCUAUGGCAACGGUGAAACCAAAGCUAUACUAAAUUAUGAAGAAGAUGUUGCUAUGUACACUAUUAAAGUGGCAAAUGAUCCAAGAACACAGAAUCGCAUUGUUGUGUAUCGACCUUCAAAGAAUAUCAUAACACAAAAUGAGUUGAUAUUUCAAUGGGAGAAAAAAUGUGGCCAGAACUUUCACAAAACUUUUAUUCCAGAGGACAAGAUUGUCAAAUUAUCACAAACUUUACCUCCUCCAGAAGAUAUACCAAUUUCUAUAGUCCAUAGCAUAUUUGUUAAAGGGGAUCUUGUGAACUUUGAUCUAGGGGAAGAUGACCUUGAAGUUUCACAACUAUAUCCUGAAUAUAACUACACAUCUAUUGAUCAACUUCUUGAUAAAUUUCUUGUGGACCCUCCACCCCCUGCAUCUGCUGCUUUUGAAUGAACUUAAUUAUUUUGGAUUAAUAAAGUUUGUAGCUAUACUAUUCUGAUCAUAUUAAGUUGAAUAAUUUCAGAAGUCAUAAAUGAUGAUAUCUAUUAUGAGUACUAUUGAAUACUUGAGAUUGAGUGAAUAUAUCUUUUGUAAGACUACAUGCACCAAUUUCACCUUUGGUAUAUAUAUAAAAGUUAAUAUGUAAAGGACAAUAAUGUCAAAACAUUUGUAGUAAUUAAAAUUACUAUUUUAUAUAUGCAUAAAAAUAAGUUGGAUCCUCUCUA